AUGUCGGCUCCCGAUUCCGUACCGGCUACUGUCCUACCAAUAAUACCUCUGCCUUCCGGCCAUGUCCUGCUUCCCGGUGUAACCAAACGUAUCCAAAUCACCGACCGGCCUGAUGUUGUUGCUUUGCUACAGAAAGUGUUUGGCCAGUCUGCUGAGGAAUUCUUAUCAAAUGCCCAUAAAUUGGUUGGAUGUCUACCCCUGAAGGCUCCCUCCCAGGUCCACUUCAUUCGGGAUAAAGCCGACCAACGGCACGUUGAAGGUGCCUCCGAAUCGCCCCAGGAUAGAGAGGCCUUUGGUGUAGAAGAUAUGACAGAGAGGAUCAUAAAGGCCGUCGUUACCUCCGACCCGAAAAUACCAGGCCCGAAAGACCUGUUCACUCAUGGUGUAUCUGCUAAGGUCAUUGGCCUCGAGGAAAGAACCGCUGGGGGUAUAACCGUUCUCGUAGAAGGUAUCUCGGUGUUCAAACUUGGACGUGUUAUGCAAGAGACCCCGUAUAUUGAGGCCCAUGUGGACUAUUCAGAAAUCGAGGAUAGACCUGUCGAUGCUGUAGGCCAAAAAAACUUCCUGGAAAUAAAGGCCCUUACAAAGGAGCUUGUCAUUUUGCUUCGCAUGUCAGCAUUGACUCUGCGCACCGGUACCGGGCUCCCGCCGUUGCUAGCUCGUCGGGCGGACCAGUUCGUAUCGGGCAAAGACCCCUCUGAGGCUGCCGGUCUUGCUUAUUUCAUGGUCAGCGUCGUAGAUGCUAGCUAUGCAGACCAGCUGGCAAUGCUAACAGCCCCAACUGUCAACGAAAAACUCGAGAAAGCAGUUGAGGUUCUCACUCGAAAUGUUAAUACCGUUCGACAGCAGCUCAAAAACUCAUCGAAGGUUAUCAUCAAACGCCCUGACACUAGUUUGAUGAGGGUCUCCCCGCGCUUCGGGCGGUUCCAGCAAUCUCGCGAUGAUGACGAUCCAGAGGACGAACAUGGCCAAUUAGUAAAAAGAGUUCAAGAGAGCCAUCUGAGUCCCGAAGCUGCUACUGUUGCUCAGCGAGAAUUGAAGCGCCUGAAGAGAAUGAUGCCUGCUCAGGCUGAGUACCAAGUUUGCCGGAAUUAUAUAGAAAACAUAGUAGAAGUGCCCUGGGUCAAGACCACAGAUGACAAACUUGACUCUUCGAUGCUAUCGCGGGCUCGGAAGCAGCUAAACGACGAUCAUCAUGGCUUGGAUAAGGUCAAAAAGAGACUUCUCGAGUAUUUAGCUGUGUUAAGACUGAAGAAACAACUUGAAGAUGAAAGUUCUCAAGCGGCUGCCGUGCAAGCGACAGACAAUAAGGAAAUCACCCCUGCGCCCAGGAAAUUUCAAGACAAGUCCCCAAUUUUGCUCCUUGUCGGGCCUCCCGGUGUCGGUAAAACCUCUCUAGCAAAAAGCAUCGCCACUGCGUUAGGGAGAAAGUUCCACAGAAUAUCCCUAGGCGGUGUUCGGGACGAGGCGGAGAUUAGAGGUCAUAGAAGGACAUAUGUGGCAGCUUUGCCAGGUGUCAUUGUUGGCGCAUUGAAGAAAGUUGGGGUGGUCAACCCAGUAAUCCUUCUAGACGAGAUCGACAAACUCGGAGGAAGUAGUUUUCACGGCGACCCUUCAGCGGCUAUGCUUGAGGUGCUCGAUCCAGAACAAAACUGGUCCUUCACCGAUCACUAUAUGGGCAUCCCCCUUGAUCUUUCAAAGGUGAUGUUUAUUGCUACGGCUAAUUCGUUGGAAACGAUACCUGCGCCUCUUCUUGACCGCAUGGAAAUGAUCUACCUUAGCGGUUAUACGACACUAGAGAAGAAGGCCAUCGCCUCCCGAUACCUUAUCCCAAAACAGCUCCAAGCCAACGGCCUGCAGACGGAGCAGCUCCAAUUAUCGGACGAGGUACUUCUAAAAGUGAUACAAUCAUAUACUCGAGAGGCCGGUGUAAGGAAUCUAGAGCGCGAAAUCGGUAGCGUCUGUCGAGCAAAGGCUGUAGAGUUUGCAGAAGCUAGGGACGAAAGCAAUCUAGAGAAAUACAGACCGAUUGUAACAUUAAAAGAUGUUGAGAAUAUUCUUGGGAUUGAGAAGUAUGAAGAAGAGAUUGUGGAACGAGAUUUACGACCAGGCGUUGUAACUGGGCUUGUCGCGUACAGCUCCGGGGUUGGAGGCUCUGUCCUGUUCAUUGAAUGCUCGGAUUAUCCGGGCAAUGGAAGACUACAUCUUACAGGUCACCUGGGCAAGGUUCUAAAAGAAAGCGCUGAGGUUGCCCUUACUUGGGUGAAGUCGAACGCCACACUUCUCGGCCUUACUAGUGACCCGACAGAAGAUAUCUUAAAGAAUAGGAGUGUUCAUCUCCAUUGCCCCAGUGGCGGCGUGCCUAAAGAUGGGCCUUCGGCUGGUUGUGCGAUCACAAUCUGUCUUAUAUCUUUGUUCUCGGGACAAAAGGUCUCGCCACAGAUAGCCAUGACUGGGGAAAUGUCUCUUCGGGGAAAAGUUACAGCAGUUGGUGGCAUUCGCGAGAAGACUAUUGGGGCUAUGCGAGCCGGAGUGAAGACGGUGCUUUUGCCAGAGCAGAACAGAAAGGACGGACAGGAGCUGCCGGAUGAGGUCAAGAAGGGGGUUGAAAUUGUUUAUAUUAGAAACAUCUGGGAAGCAAUCCGGGCGAUAUGGCCUGAAUGGACUGUUGUGGAUGAGCAUCUUGGCCGACUUGAAAGCCAUCUGUAA